ACUGAACGCAUAUACCAUCCCUCCAAACUCUGCGUCUCGGUCGAUACCCGUAGAAGGUGCCGCGAUCGCUAUCUACACAACCUCCAAACGCUGCACCUCGGUCGAUUUCUAAGUUCAAGGUACUUGUGAUAUAAUGGGUGGUCUUCCUACUGAACAGCCCGCCUCUGCCUUAACUUUGGCAGGGUUGCAGCAAACGCGGGGAUCUGAGCCUGUGUCAAAGCCCAAAAAGAAAAUCUGCUGUGCCUGCCCUGAUACUAAGAAGAUCCGAGACGAUUGCAUUGUGGAGCAUGGUGAAGCUGCUUGUGAAAAAUGGAUUGAAGCUCAUCGUAGAUGCCUUCGGGCUGAGGGGUUCAAAGUUUGAAAUUUGGCAAAAGAUUGCAGAUUUGAUAAACUGAAAAUGAAAAAGUUUUGAUACCCAAAUUGUUUACAACAGGAUUUUACUUAAAUGGUCAGACUUGUCAAUGAAACUUCAGGUUCAGGAAUAAAGCUAUGCUGGGGAACUUUGUUUACUGUUACAUUGAAAUUAUUGAUUAAUAAUUUAUUCUUAACUAUAGGGGUUGUUCCCCUUACAGAAAUGAUGUGGCAAAGAUGCUUUGAUCAAGAAUAAUAGUAUACCCCUAGAGAAUAAAUUUGCGAAA